GGAUUAGAUUGGGCAAAAGAAUGACAGAGAAAAGCGGUUGAGUUCCACCGAUUUAAAAAGCAUCGCUUGCUCGGCCUUCUAUUUCUACGCUUCCACCUUCCCACCUUCAACUAUACCUUCCACUUUUCACCUUAGAUUGCUCCUCAGAAGUAAAAGACCGGCAAGUGACUACAAAACUGGAAAUUCUAUAGUCUGUCGUAUUUGGCUACAUGAUAUACGUACAUCGUGAAGUCGCGUCCAGUCACAUCCAAGACACGACAAACAGUGAUGUUGAUCCUAUUACCAACUUAAACAUUAAUAUUUUAUGUUACAUUAAAAAGUUUUUUUGUCUAUAAAAUUGGUGGAAUAAACAGUGUUUUCUUUUCCUUUCUUUUUUUUUUUUCUGAGUGCAGUGUUUCAAAUGAAAAAUUUUUUUAGUUAUUUAAAUAUGUGUUUUUCAGGAGUGUAAAAAUUAAUUCCAGAACAAAAAUGCCUUUUCUAAGAAAGUCACUGGUGCUGCUCACCGUCUUACUAACAGCAUCUGCAACAUCACCCUGUCCAUGGGCAACACAGGUGCCCGGACUCGAAAAUUCUUGUAUAUGUGAUUACAAUUUGGCACACACUUUAUCUAUACAAUGUGAUAUUGUUGAUUUUAAUCAACUUCUGUCAGCAAUUCGAGGGCAUGCUGCUAAAACUACAGUAGAUCUGUUUUACAUUAAUAACAGUACAAUUUCAAUUUUAAAACAUUCUUCUUUAUCAACAAUUCAAAUCAACAAUAUGCAGUUAUCUGGUUGUAAAAUCAAAAUAAUUGAAGAUGAUGCCUUGAUUGGUCAAGAAGAUUCUCUCAGAACACUCAAUAUGAAAGAUAAUGAGUUGAAAGAAAUUCCGACAAAUAUUUUCAAAAAUUUAAGAAAUCUCACCGUUCUCGAUCUUUCACUAAAUAAAAUUACUCAUGUUGAUGAUAAUGCAUUUCAUAAUUUAAAAUUAGUUACUUUGAAAUUAGCAGACAAUGAAAUAACAUUAGCAUCAGGAGCUUUUAAAGGAUUGGAAAAAAGUUUGAAGAAUUUGAAUUUAAAAGGCACGAAACAACGAAAAGUGCCUGAAUCUUUGAGAGGAUUAAAAUCUUUAGCAUUCUUAGAUUUAUCGCAAAAUAGUAUCAGAGAAUUACCGGGUCCAGGUGGUCAAAAAGUCUUUGAAGAACUUUCUUCUUUAACUGGAUUAAAUUUAGAACGUAAUUUGAUACAAAGCAUUGGACCUGAUGCUUUCUAUGGAAUUAGAUCUACACUAAGUUCAUUGAGUUUACUUAAUAAUCUCAUUCCGGAUUUUCCAACUGAUGCAAUAAGCAGCGUUCAUGAUCUUCGUGUUUUAGAUAUUGGAUUUAAUCUAAUCACGCAGCUACCAAUAAACGCAUUCAGCAAGAACCCUUCUAUAACAUUAUUGGCAAUUGAUGGUAAUCCAUUGUCAACAGUUCCUGAAGAGGCCUUAGCUUCUCUCAAUGGAACAUUACGUGGAUUAAGUCUCGGUGGACGAUUUCUUGUGUGCGAUUGUAAAUUACGAUGGAUCACAAAUUGGAUACGCACCAAAGAUUUGCAAGUAACAAGUCGUGAGCGGAAGCCUCAAUUUUGCGGAAGUCCUCUCAAAUUACAUGAAAGAAGUUUUUAUAACAUUGAACCAGAAGAAAUGGUUUGCGAAAGACCAUCAGAAAUAAUUGGUAUUGGUACAGUAGAGAGUGUUGACACAAAAGAACCAAUUGGUGCAGUCAAUGGAAUGGUAGAAAAUAUUUUAGCUACAACUGAUUUUCCACUAUUUUCAACAACAGCUUUUAGUACGUUUCCACAAUACCCUAAAAAUGUUACAACACAAACAACUUUGUUAGACAGUCCAAUUUCUACCAAAAUGACAACAAUCGUAACAACAACAGAAUCUACAAAAAUUGAAAUACCAUCAACAACAAUUGCAAGAAUUACUAGGCCAACUGUGAGAACUGGCAAUGUUGCAAUUGUGAGAACAACACAAUCUCCAUCAAAAGUUCUUCCAGAUGCAACUUUUCCUCAACAACGUCUUAAAUAUCCUAUUGUAUCAACAAGCUCACCCACGGGCUCAUCCCUGUACAAAUCAAAAAGUACAGAAAAAGGCAUUAUUGUGAAAGAUGUUCUUAGACAGGAUAAUACUGUUAUAAUAUACUGGGACUCUGAAACUCCAAAUAUACUUGGAUUUAAAGUUGUUUAUAGAGUUUUUGGAGAUACUAGUUUUAAACAAGCUCCACCAUUGGAGGCUAGCGAACAUGAAUUCAAAAUAAAAAAUGUUCCAAAUAAUGAAUGCAUAAUUGUUUGCGUUGUUUCUCUUGACGAAGUUAAUGUCACUCCAGCCAACGUGCCUUACAAUCAAUGCAGAGAAGUUCGAACUGAAGUUUCUCCAACAUCAAACAUGGAUAAAAUAACAAUUGCUGCAAGUGCAGCUAUUUGUGCAUCAAUUGUAGUUGCAGUGAUUAUUUUUGUGGUUGCAAACCGUCGAAGAGUGCGAAAGCUUCAUACACUUCAUAGUAUUGAUCAGACAAAACUAGGCGGACCAAUUUCUGGUUUACCAGUAAAUUGCUGUGCCAAUAUUGGACCGACACCGAGUCCCGCUGGACCACUUGCGUCUAUGGCAACUUUGAGUGCUUACAAUUCUCAAAAAGAAUGGGAUCAAGUGUCUGCAUACAGUAAUCGAAGCAUACCACGCCCUAGAAUAUUUCCAAUUGAUCGUCAAGGUUCGAUGACUAGGGCUUCGUGUAUCGACGAAAUCAGAUCUCAAGCAAGUCAUUAUGGUGGAAAAAUUACACGUUUAGUAGCUGAUGGACAAUCGCAACAUAGUUUUUCGAACAAUUCGCGACAUUUUGCAAAUGCCACUUUAACGAAUAAUCUGGUGAAUUCACGACCAGAAUUACGCCAGUCCAGACAGUCUUUGGCCGGUACUUCAGAUAGAAUGUCACGUAAUGGAUACCCAGGAAAUCAUCUACCACCCCAUGCAUCAGCACGCCGUCAACGCCCAAGGUCACGAAAUCGUGCCAUGGAACAAAAUCCACCACCCCGUCCUGGAAGUAGAUACAGCCUAGCUGAUUCAACUCAAACGCUUAAUUAUGAUGAGAAUAAUUGGACCGAUCAUGACAUGGACAUUUAUAUGUCACGCAAUCCAACGACAAGAAGUGGUCUUGUUCCACUUUAAAGUUUAUUGUAUUAUCUAUUGCUCAAAAAUAUCGGUUAGAAAUUUAAAAGAUUUAAAAAUUAUGAUUCAAAAUAGAAAAAGAAAAAACAAAAAAAGCGCAUGUGACGAAAAUUAAAAUUUUCAAUACUCCGGUGGGCUAUGUGCAAUUACUAAUUAGUGUAAUUGUUUUUUUUUUUUUUUUUUAAGUAAAAUGUCAUAUUGUUUAAAUUAUGUCGCUUAGCCACUAUGUAUACUACGAAAUAUUAUUAUAAACAUAUGUUUACUGUGUGGAUGAGGCAAACAGAG